AUGUACAACGAUGAGCCCUACAAUUCGACCUCUGUUUCAUUACUGGAAAUGCUUUUAACAAACCGAGCUGCAGCCAUACAGAAUGGGCACACGAAAGGUACAAUGUUCUUCGACAAAACUGAUGGCGUGUGGUUGAUUCACAGUGUUCCGAAGUUUCCACCACCGGACCACUAUCAGUAUCCAACCAGUGGACAUGACUACGGGCAAACAAUGUGGUGUCUUUCACUCCCUUACUCUCAACUAGGAAACAUAGCUACUCAACUUUACUACAACUAUCCCGACAUUUACUCUUCCUCAUUACCAACAAGUAUUGCGGCUGACUAUCCUUUGCUGUCCAAGGUGAUAGCCGGAGAAUACAAGAAGGGUGAGCCCUACAGCAAUACUGUCACCCUGAACACUAAAGGUGGCACGAGCUUCCUCUCGUUCGCCAAAACCAACGAGUUCAACAAAGGUAACACUUAA